CGGCGGCCGCGGGAAGUGACGUCGCCGCAAGGUCCGGGCCCGCCUCUUCCGGGCACCGACCUGUUCUGGAGUAAUCACACGGUGCACGUGUGUUCGCGCAGCUUCGGGUGCGGUAGCGAUGGACGCUCUCGAUCGGGUUGUAAAGCCCAAAACGAAAAGGGCCAAGAGAUUCCUUGAGAAGAGAGAACCGAAACUCAGUGAAAAUAUUAAAAAUGCCAUGCUUAUUAAAGGGGGAAAUGCAAAUUCAGCAGUCACACAAGUACUAAGGGAUGUGUAUGCAUUGAAAAAACCAUAUGGCGUCCUGUAUAAAAAGAAAAAUAUUACGAGACCAUUUGAGGAUCAGACAUCUUUGGAAUUUUUUUCAAAGAAGUCAGAUUGUUCUUUAUUUAUGUUUGGCUCCCAUAAUAAGAAGCGGCCAAAUAAUCUAGUAAUAGGUCGUAUGUAUGACUACCAUGUGCUAGAUAUGAUUGAAUUAGGUAUUGAGAAGUUUGUCUCUCUAAAAGAUAUUAAGAAUAGUAAAUGCCCUGAGGGAACAAAACCCAUGUUAAUAUUUGCUGGUAAUGAUUUUGAUGUAACAGAAGACUACAGAAGGCUAAAAAGUCUUCUUAUUGAUUUUUUCAGAGGCCCCACAGUAUCAAAUAUCCGCCUGGCUGGUUUAGAGUAUGUCCUACACUUCACUGCACUGAAUGGGAAGAUUUACUUUCGAAGCUAUAAGCUGCUGUUGAAGAAAUCAGGUUGCAGAACACCACGGAUUGAAUUGGAAGAGAUGGGACCCUCAUUGGACCUGGUGCUGAGGAGGACACAUUUGGCCUCAGAUGACCUUUAUAAGUUAUCCAUGAAAAUGCCAAAAGCCCUCAAGCCAAAGAAGAAGAAAAAUAUCUCCCAUGAUACUUUUGGUACAACUUAUGGAAGGAUUCAUAUGCAGAAGCAAGACCUAAGCAAACUACAAACCAGAAAAAUGAAGGGGCUGAAGAAGCGACCUGUAGAAAGGAUAACAGAAGACCAGGAGAGAAAGUCAAAGAGAAUUAAAAAAAAUUGAUGGAACUUGGCAAAAAACUUGUUUCAUUGUAGUCUGUUGACAUAAAGAGAAUUAUCAAGCAUCA